AUGUUGUCGUUCGACAACGCUAUGCCCGUCAACGGGCAGGAAGCAGCGGCGUCUGCCGGGCGCGUUCAAGCGGCCCCGUCCAAGACGUCACAGCCGACGACAACGACGGAUGGAGCGUGCGCCAACGGACAGGCGCGAAAGCAUCACCACAUCUGGUUGGUUACCGGACCGGCUGGAUGCGGCAAGACGACGGUGGCCGAGUACUUGGCAAAGUCGCUUGACAUGCCCUAUAUCGAGGGUGAUUCGCACCACACCCCGGCCAACGUGGAAAAGAUGCGCAGCGGCAACCCGCUCACAGACGCCGACCGCUGGGACUGGUUAACCGCCCUCCGCGACGAGUCGAUGCGCCGCAUCAACCGGGGAUCCGAGGGCGUCGUCGUGACGUGCUCGGCCCUCAAGCGCAAGUACCGAGACGUGAUCCGAGUCGCCGCCUACUAUGACCACGACAUCCGCGUCCACUUCAUCUUCCUGAAUGCGCCCGCCGAGGUGCUGCUGGCGAGGGUCACGAAACGGGAGGGCCACUACAUGGGACCCAGCAUGGUCCAGAGCCAGUUUGAUAUUCUCGAGCGGCCUGCCGAGGACGAGAGGGACGUCAUCAGCAUCGACGUCAGCCGCAGCAUCGAAGAAGUCAAGAAGGAUGUCCUGGCCAGGGUCUCGGAUAUUACCAAGGCCGUCUGCCGAGACUAG